AUGACUGAGAAAGUAAAGAUAAGCAUUGAGCAACAAAAGAAGAAGAAUUCUAAAGUUCUAAAGUUUCAAGGAAUCGGAAAGCACAUAGAUGUGCUUAGAGAGUGCAAUUCAAAGAUCAAAUCCAUUGAAGAACGUAUAGUUCAAGAUAAGGAAAGAAUUGAAAGUCGGAUUGAAGAGUUCCGGAAGCAAACGGGACAAAAAGAACUCUUUGAUAGUAAAGAUGAAGCUCAAAAAGCCAUUGAUCUCUUAAGUAAGGAAAAGAGUGCCAUGACUGAAGAACUCAAAAGAACAAGUCAAGAUCUGAGAGCUUUAAUGACGGCCGUAGGAGAGGAGAAGAAGCGAUUGAACAUGAAGAGUGCGACUGAGUUAAGGAACAAGAAAGAGCAAAUCAAAAACAGGAUUCGAGAUAAGCCGCACAGUUCCAAAGAAGCGGCUGAAAUGUGUUCUGAACUAUCAAGGAUAGAGAAGCUAAUCAGUAUGCAAGAUAUGUUCAAGGAAAAGGACGAGAAGAUCAUGGAGAUGGAAAAGGCUAAGAAAGCACAAGAGUUUGCCCUAUCUAUUAAGAGACAAGAGUUAGAACAUCAGCAGAAGAAGCUUAAUGAAGUAAGUGCUAAGAUAGGUAAGGUAAAGAAAACGGCUUAUCCUGAAGAUAUCAAGCGAUUACAAGAAGAAGUUAAAGUGCUUAUUGAAGAGAAGCGCGUCUUAUUGGAAGCUAAACGGGCCGAACAUGAAGUUAUGGUAGCUAAGGCGGCUGAGUAUGAAGUUAAGGCGGCUGAGAUAGAAAAGGCGCGGGCGCAUAAGGCGGCUUUGGAGGAGCAGGAGAAGCAGAUUGAGAGUUUGUUGUUGGCUCGGGAUGAGUUGGAGACUGAGUUAGCUAGUAAUCCUAGUGGGUCUUUACGGACUUUACGUACGGUUUUACCAGGGUACAAGUUACAACGAACGAGUCGUGGGUGUGCUUUGGCUUUGCCUUUAUCAGUAGUUAGUCAGUUGGGCCAGUUUAACAUUACAAUUCCUAAAUCGGCCGUUGAGAUUGAUGCGGUUUUGGCCGAGAUUGAUACGGCUAUUGUGCGGGAGGAUGGGAAGUUUGAAGCGAAGAAGUCGAGUUUGAUGGCGCAGUUACAGGACUUGUCCGGGCGGAUUGCUAAGGAACGCCAGAAGCACGGGGAGUUGCCAAGACCAGUCUUCCCACGGGCGCAAGGAUAA